ACAAAUCGAAGAAGAAGAAGAUGAGCAUUCACAGCAGCCAAUCCGACGCCACUGUGUGGUGCACAGUGCAGUGAUGUCCGCGCUGCUUUUGCUCGUAGCAGGAGCCCUUUUCUUUUACAUUCUACUUUAUUACAGUGUGUUCAAGGGAGCUUCGUGCUCCAGGUCUGUAAAGCUGAAUGGGAAGACGGUCAUUGUAACAGGAAGCGACACUGGCAUCGGCAAGGCCACGGCUCUAGAACUGGCAAAGAGAGGAGCCAGGGUGAUCCUGGCCUGCAGCAACAAGGACAAAGCUGAGUCCGCUGCUUUCGAUAUCCGAACAGAGAGUGGGAACAAUCAGGUGGUGUUCAUGCAGUUGGAUCUUGCAAGUUUAAAGUCUGUUCGCUGCUUUGCUGAAACCUUCCUGAAGACUGAACCCAGACUGGACAUCCUAAUCAACAACGCAGGUGUCAUGGGUCCAGGACGCACUGAGGAUGGUUUUGGCAUGGCCCUCGGAGUCAACCACUUAGGUCACUUUCUGCUGACCAACCUUCUUCUAGAGAAACUGCAGCAGUGUGGCCCAAGUCGCGUGGUUACCGUGGCAGCACUUCUGCACUGCUUCGGAACUGCCAACUUCCCUCUACUGGCUUCCAAGAAAGACUCGGUGUCCGGUCAGUCGACCUGGAACAACUUUCGAGCCUACUGCAACAGCAAGCUGUUCAAUGUACUCUUCACCAGAGAGCUGGCCAACCGGCUGGAAGGUACCAGUGUCACCUGCUACAGCCUUCACCCAGUAACAAAAAAGAGUGGGUGGUCGACAAUAAAGCAACGAGUUGCGGCGGGAGCAGCAGCGACGGCAGCAGGCGAGCUCAGACAAGAAUGCUGCAGUGAAGGAAGAGGAAUCUCGUGGGGGUGAGAGGUGUUCGCUGGAUGAGUCUUCCACCAUGCAACAGCUCCCAGAUCGGCGGCUUGUGGCCGUACAACAUGCUCGCUGGUCAGCCUGGCCCUUCAGCGGAUUUCAAAGCCCUGGCUGGAAACAAAAGGUUUUUCCUCUGAUGUAAAACAUUUUCUCUUUCUCAUGUUUGCCUUUUUAAUGUAGUGAGGUGAUCAAAAAUGUUCAGACAGCAGUUGACAAAAUGCAACGUUUUUUUUUAAUGACUUUCAUCUCAUCUUAAAACAUUGUUUUUCAAGUUUCAAGAUUGCAAAAAGCGUUUUGAGGAUAAAUUCGUCAUAAUGAAUUAUAAAAUACUCAUUUAGGUGUUAUCUCAUCAUUGCCUUGUUGUAAAUAGAAUUACAAUAAAAUGUAAAGUAACGGCUCUUCAAGAUUACAAACAAUGAUUUGUAUUCAGCACAUUCAACCCAUUUUUAUUGCUUAUAAGCCCCUCAUGAGAAGGCCCAGAUAUGUUGUUAUAUAUCACUCACCAUACUGUACUGAAGACAAAUAAAUUAAAUCACGUAGUGAAAAUAAUGAGAAUGAACACACCAAAUAUUAGACAAUAGCAUGAUCAUUGUGUCUAUAUUGUAAAACACUGCAAGCAUAUGUAUAUAUAUGCACCGUUGUUUAUCCUGAAUCUGUUUGGUUCUUUGUACAUACAAAGGUCGCCUCACUUCUAUGUGUCUAGUGUCUGUCUGUCUGUAUUGUCCCUUUCAAAUAAACUUGUGAGGAAGAUAAGGAUAAAAAAGAGAUUAUUGAUUUAAGGUGUGAUUGCAGUUUUGGUUUUGAAAAUAAGCAUAAAAACCCGAAGAAGAUAAAAUGUUGUUUUCUAAAAAUUGCAAUGCAUGGUUUAGUCCCGUUCCAAGGACUGGCUACAUCGCUAGAAAAAGAUUUGAAAUAAUCAUUAUCAAAGGCCUAUUUUACGAUCUGUAAAAAAUGUGGAGAAUGUGGUAAGAAAUAUACCCAUAUGCUAUAUUAUAAGAAUAGUGAUGUUUAUGUUCGACUGCUUGUUUAUGUGAUUCAGACAAAGCUAAAGUAUGAACCUCUAUUGUAUCCAGGUAACCCUGGUGGAGUCUUAUUUUGUAUCCUUAUAUUUCUCAUAUCAUUUGCCUCUAAUGAGUCAAUGAUCAGAAAGAAAUGACAAGUAGAGUUCAUUGUGUAGCUGUAAACUGACUGCAAACCAUAGUUGAAGCUGGUUGAACUUGUCUUGCUUCCUGUCUGAAUUCUCAGUGUGAAACACUAGAUGGAGCUGUGAUCAUACCUCAGACCGCUUACACACUAACUUACUGCGGUUGGGCACAGGCCACUUCCACAGCCUCCAUCACAGGAAAUACAGCUGGCUGCUUCUCCUGUCAGCCUCUGUGCAUGAUGACUUUGCUGCAUUGUGUUCCACUUUUCCCAUCCAGCAUUUCAUUGUAUCCAGGAACAAUCAAUUGGACAGAGUGAAGCGGAGGAAAAAAAAUGAUGCCAUCCGUACCAUGUCAGCAACAACACUGCAGGCCUAUUUUGCUUUUCUACAGCAUCUGUAUUUCCCGCAUGUGUUACAGUGACCCAGAGGGCUCGGAGGGAGUCUUCUGGCAGAAGCUCAUUACUCCAUUAAACCAAAAGACUGAGGAGGAAUUAACACAAUACUGUCCAUUGCGUGACAAUAACCAGCAUUGAUUUAGCAGUUACAGUCUGACGUCAGUUGCCUGUGUCCUACUGUGAUGUGUUAUGAAUGAAAAACCUGGGCUGUAGCAGCAAUGUUGUGAGUUGAAAUUCCUUCCUUCAAGUAUAGUAGGCAGAUUUAGCAGAAAUCACAUUUGUCUGCCGCUUUGCUUAAAUUAUAACGCUCGUGGCAUUUAAUUUUCUCUCAAUAUUAAGAAAACACAUGGAAACACCAAAACCGCCAAAAAAUAUAUUAUGUAGUUAACAUUUAAUCCGCAGCUCAACAUUUUCUCCAACAUCUUUUCCUCCCGUUUUUUAAAUUGUGUUUGUUAAUAACUACAGUGUUUUGGGACAUUACAGAGCCUUUGCAAAAUGUAGGAAUACAUAUUUUAGGAUUGAAAAUAAAAUAUUUAAUUGAAUUUUUGAUUUUGCCAUUUUAUGACAUGUUAUGUUAUUUUAUGUUAAAUAUACAUUGUGGUUGGUUAGCUCAGGUAGCCGACAGGGUUCCUAACUAGGUGGCUUAAUCCAUGCUUCCUUCUAGUUUUGUGCUGCCCUGGAGCACGACACAAAGUUACAAAUUGGUUCUCACAUGGGUUUAAAAUGCAUGGACAAAAGUUCAUGAAAAGGUCAAAUUCAAAAAGAAGAAAACAACGCCUAAAUAAUGAUUCUCAUUUGUUUAUCAUUCAGACAGGCUCAGAAAGUUUAUUUAAUAAAUGUGAAAAUCCACAUGAAUACGAUCAUUGCAAUGAACAUACAUACUGUACAUAUAUACAUACUUUCCAGGCCUGAAUAUUUAACACACGUUGAAAACAAUCCGAAGCUGUUUUACCACUCAAAUUGACUUAUGAGGAAGACAACAAUAAAAAAUAUGUUAUUGAUUUAAGCUGUAAUUGUAGUUUUCGUUUUAUAAAUAAGUAUAAAGAUCCAAAGAAUACAAAAUGUUGCGAUGCACAGAAUAACUCUUAAGCCCCUUUACACAACCCUUUACAUGCCCUAGAAUUUGUUAGUUUCCCUGUGGAUUUCAUAGGGAAUCUGUGACUGUUAUAAGUUUACUUCAAAGCUAAUUAAUUAGAGUUUCAAUAAUGUUAUUGUGAUGAAACAAAUGAAUAGAUUAUAAUUGUGCCCUGCAGUGGUUUUGACACACUGCAUUUGGCCAUCAGUAUUUGACCAUUUCUCUAAUUGAAUACGAUCUGGCGAGGCAAUUGCUUUCUCAAUGCUGAUUAUGUUGUAUGUAUGUCUUAUAAAAAUGCAGCCCUGCAGCAACCAACCACAACCACACGCGUGAGCUGGUUCCUCUUGCUGAGGAAAGAAACACAUGCUAUUACUAAAGAAAAGAAAAAAAGAUAAUGAUUUGUAAAAUAAUUAAAUUAAUUAAAAUGCGUCUGAUUUAUUUUCUUGUCUUUGACAGGUUUUAUGAGAUGCAAAAAUGGUCACAAUUGAUACCCUGAUUAUCAAUAUACUGAUGUGUCUCGUCCUAUUGCUGAAGCAUUAUGUCAUUUAUUAUGUCCAGGAAGCACAUCAACAUUUUAAAUAAUUUCCUGAAAAUAAAAAGUUUAAAGUCAUAAUGAGACAAAUAAAUUAAGGGAAAACUGCUCUAAAAUAAAAAAUCAGCUAUUAUUUAAUCUCCACAAGUCUCAUGUCAGAUUCAAAAUUGGCGGCAAACUCUGGUUUCUAAAGGGAAGGUGUCUUAAAGCUGCAUUCUCUCUAGUGUCAAGCAGGUGACUCCUCUGGUUCUAUACGUCUUUUGGGAAAAUCACUUGGGCUGGAUUUGAGUUGUCAAAUUUCCUAAAUAAACUUCUUAAUUGUGUGAAAUGACCCGGACGUAGUGUAAGUGAUAUGCUAUGAUGAGAGCUGUUCAAACAAGGCUCUGCUCACUGACCUGACCAAUCCCUAUACACUUAAUAUUACAAUAAAUUAAAUGAUUACA